UUGCUGUCAUUUUCGUGUGCCUAUACCAGAAUCCUAUUUUCAGGUGGAGGGUACCUCUAUGUCCACCUCCACGUCCAACUCUACGUCCACCUCCAGCUUCACAUUCUGAUGAUGAUGUGGAAAUGGGUGUACAAGAAAAGAGCAGCAACACAAAUGAUGACAACAUGGUCAUUUUGGGAGGAACUGGUGGUAUUGUAGUGGAUACAGCUGCUGCAUCUGCUGUAGCAAGUACCUCUGGUGGUGGAUGUGGAGGCGGUGUUUGUGAUCAUGGUCGUGGAAGUGGAGGUGGUGACAGUUGUGAUGGUGGUGAAUGUGGCGGCGGUGGGGGCUGUGGAGCCGUGGAGGAAGUCAUUUUUAAAUCAUCCUUUUGCUAA